AUGGCUGUGGAAUCCCCGGGCGAUGCUGGCAACAAGGUGAAGGCCUCGGUGGCUUCGGGCCCACCGGUUCCUAGGCCGGCGGCGACGCCCGAGGACGAGAUCCGCGCGGUGGCUCGCAAGUUCUCCGACCAGCCCGUCCAAAACCCCGAUCGCGGCGUCUGGGCUGUCCUUACCGCCAUUUCGAAGAACGCCCGCCAGCGACAGCAGGGAAUGAAUAUUCUCCUGAGCGGCGAUGAACACAGCUUGGGAAGAUGCGUUGAGGAUCCACGCUACCAGAUAAGUACAAUGGCUGUCAGCGGGAGUCAUUGCAAAAUAUUUAGGGAUAAAGUGGCAGUAGGAGAUGCUGAGGUUGAUCCUAAUACUUCUGUGCCAGUUUUCUUGAAGGAUACCAGCACAAAUGGGACUUAUCUCAACUGGACAAGGCUGAGAAAGCAUUCUCCUCAAACUAGACUUCAACAUGGAGAUAUAAUAGCAUUUGUAGCUCCUCCUAAUAGUGAAAAUUCCUAUGCUUUUGUAUAUCGGGAAGUGCACCGGCCGUCGUUUCUAGCAAAUGGUUCAACUCUGAAAAGGAAGUCAGACGAGCUGGAUGUGGAUAGCAAGAGGUUUAAAGGUAUUGGCAUUGGUGCUCCUGAUGGUCCGAUCUCCCUUGAUGAUGUUCGCAGCCUUCAGAGAUCUAAUACGGAACUUAGGCAGCAAUUGGAAUCACAUGUUCUCACCAUUGAGACAUUGAAAGGUCAAAGCCGGUCACAGAUGGCUCACCAUGAAAAUGAACUGAAAGAUUUGAAGGAAAUCGUGUCAAAAGGUUUCCAUGAUCAGAUUGAGGAACUAAAAUGUGCAUUAAAUGAGAAGCAUGAAGAAAUAAAUUCACUUAGUACAGUGUCUGCUGAAUUACGAAGCUCCGUGAAGGAUCUUAAAGAAAGACUUAGUGCAUCUGUGCAAUCCCGUAUUGAUGCAGAUGAGAUUAUUCAGAGUCAGAAAGCAACAAUAUCUGAACUUGAAGCUCGUCUAGAUGAGGAAAGAAAUCAGAGAAGAGAGGAGAGGGAACAAGCAGCUGCAGAUUUGAACUCUGCAAUAAAGAGAAUUCAACUUGAAGCCCAAGAGGAAAUCAAGAGACAGGCAGAUAAUUAUCUAAGACAACACAGAGAACAGCAAGAAGUUAUCAGUAAACUUGAGGAGUCUGAGAAAGAAAGCCGCUUGCUUGUAGAAACAUUACGAGUGAAGCUGGGAGAUGCUAGGGAAAACCUAGUUACUUCAGAAAAGAAAGUUAGACAGCUAGAAAUUCAAGUCAAGGAUGAACAACUAGUAUCAAUGAAUAGCCAAAAGAAAUCAGAAUCACUGGAGGCUGAACUAAAAAGACUGAGAAAGGAUAUUGAAAGUGAAAAGCAGGUGGCACGGGAAGAAGCUUGGGCAAAAGUCUCUGCUCUUGAACUUGAGAUUGCUGCUGCAAUCCGUGACCUUUCAAUUGAAAAACAGAGGUUUCAAGGAGCCAGAGAACGCAUAAUUCUUCGGGAGACUCAGCUCCGCGCAUUUUACUCCACCACAGAGGAAAUUUCUGCAUUGUUUGCAAAACAACAGGAACAGCUUAAGGCAAUGCAAAGGACUUUGGAGGAUGAAGAGCACUAUGAGAAUUCGUAUAUAGAAACUGAUCCUGUGGAACCUGUGACUGGAAAAAUUAAUGUUGGAGAAAGAUAUGAGCUCUGUAAAGGAGCUUGUGGUUCUUUUACCCCAAAGAACGUCCAAGAUGCAAAUGAUGCAUCAUGUUCUGAGGAUGAUGAUGAUGUUAGCACAACCGAAAAGCAUGAUUGCAGCCUGGUAAGCCACGGUAGCACUCAAGACUUGGAAUGUACUAGUGCUGAUAGGCUGGUCAGGGGAUUUGGUUCAGAUAUUGAGGGAGUCAGCAUGGCUGUGGCUCCAGAGGGAGAUCCUACUGAUACCGAACGAGUUAUGGAAACUGAAAGUCAAGUUGGUGAUGCUGUCUUCAAUGAAAAAAAUACUGCUUUACAUAGAUGCAGCAACCUCGGAGGGGAAACUAUGCAGCUUGAUGAUGAGGCCCAGCCACAAGAAAAGGCAGGACCUAAUGAUGGCAACUGCACGAUUGGAGGCUGCUCAGUGCAAAGGCUACAGGAUACUGAAAAUGGGACAGUAAAAACUGCCGAUCUUCUUGCCUCAGAAGUUGCUGGGAGCUGGGCAAUGAGCACUGCCCCCUCUGUCAAUGGAGAAAAUGAAUCUCCUAUGAGCAUGGGGAAUGCUAAUGCUGCUGGAGCAGAGGAUGUGGCGGCGGCGGCCUUGCUUCUCUGCUCUGAUGGCUUGGCAGCUGGAAGUCAAAGUAAUGUUAGUCAAGGCGUAACCAAACUAACCAAAGAACACAGGGCACUGAAUGCCAUGAUUAAGAUUGUUGCUCCUGAGUUUGAGCAAAGAUUCCAGGCUGAUGGAGAUGCACAAGGGGGUGAAUCCAUGUCUGAUGCUGAAACACAGAGUAGCAAUAACAGUGAUGCCAAUCGUGAUAUCGACCAAAGCAAUCAUGAUGGUAACGACGAUGCUAGUGAUUCUGAUGAUGCAACACGAGAUAACCAAAUGAUUGAAGAUUCUGUUGGUUGAUUGUGUAAGAUAUUGUAGAAAAUUAGUAUCCAUGUCACUCAAUAUAGUUUUUCUAAUAUUUUCCAAUUUUCUAGAUGUUUUGUAUAUAUUGUAGAAUGUUGGUUUGGUGGAUUAUCAUUUUCUUUGAUGGUAACAUACUAACAUAAACAUUUGUAUGACUAA